CUGAAGGCUAAGUCAUCCAAAUCGGAAGACUAGCGCGGAUCUCUUUCUCACCCGGAAGUCUGAAAAUGACUCCUCCAGAUUUGUCAGCUAAAAAUCGGAAGACUCACUGAAGACCGGAAUUCUCAGAAAGCGGACAAGUGAGAAAAGAUUUAGAAAAUUAUCCACAAUCAAAAGGAAGCAUACAAGCUGUUCAGACUUAUUGGUGCACAUACUGGGAACCGCAAGAUGGAAGUGAUUCUCCAACAACACAGUCCAUCUCCAAUACCACAGCUCCCUAUUGCAGUCAACGAAGGAGAAACAUCUUAUAUCCCUUCUCAUCUGAACAUGACUAAUCUGAUCCUUGAAGCACAACAAAGAAAUCCAGAAAACUCAGCACAACACCUAUCCAGCUCAGGACUGGAUGGAACAGAAUUUAUAGGUGCAGUUGUUGAUCACUUCUCAGAUGCUGCUCAAUCAGAAGAAAGGCGUGAAAAUUUAAGACGUAUCAAAGAACUGUGUGGGAACAUGCAGGGCAUCAGUGAGAUUGCCGGAUCUUCAAAACGCAAAAGGAACUGAAGGUUCUUUUCAUCAAACCAGGGGGAAA